AUGAACGUUAUGAACGUCUUCGACCCCAUGGGCCAUGACGGCCGUUUCCCCGUCCCAGGGCCCGUGGAGGCCGAGCGGAGCCAAAGGCCGGCCGAUCCGCUCCGGCUCGUCUCGCCCUCCAAUGGGGGGGCGCCGGGCAGCGGCCCCGGGCUGCGAGGCACCAUUGGCUACGCCGACCCGCUCUACAUCCGCACUGGGCACGUCACCGAGCGGUCCGAGGUGUACUCGUUCGGCAUGGUGCUGCUGGAGACGCUGACCAGGCGCCCUCCGGCGCUGCAGCACGCGAACGGCCGCAUCGAGUACCAGUUCAGCCACCUGGACGGCGAGCUCGCGAACGUGCGCGCGAUGGUGGACAAGCGCGGGGAGUGGCCCCCGCAGCUCGCCGACGAGGUAGGCAGCCUGGCGCUGCGCUGCACCCACAAGCAGGAGGCGUUGCGGCCCGUGUUCGUGGAGGUGCUGGGGCAGCUGCGGCAGCUGCUGCGCAGCGCCGAGGCGGCCUUCCCGGCGUCGAGCCCAGGCAACUCCCCCGCCAGCACCAGCCACGACGCCAGCCGCUCGCACGGCUCGGCACGCUCCUCCCAGGCCGGGCUGCGCUCCGAGAGGGCCUACGGCCGGGCGCAGGAGGGCGCGCCCGCCACGCGCGGCAGCCGCGGCCACACGCCCCCGCGGUCCCACGCCUCCGCCGCCACGGCCAGGGGCCCGGAC